AUGACAAGAUCCUGGUCUUUCUACAAUUCUGGUUCGGGUUUCUCCACUGCCAAUACCGGCCCAGGGAGUCAGCAUAACAACAACGCCGCCGGGCCGCAAUACAACUACAACUACUAUGGAUGUAGACUGACGAGGACAGAAUGUUUACGAUCCCUCAGCUUCUCUAAUAUUGACGCUCGCCGUCAAGAUAUUGCUCUGGUCCAUCCCAACACGGGCCAUCCCGGCACCGGAAAGUCGACGCUGAUGAAGCAUAUCUGGAGACACUGUCAGCGGGCGCUCCAGGGCCGUACAGUUGCGACCUACUUCUUCCACGCUCGAGGCGAGUCGCCGCCACUCGUCAUUCUUAUCGAUGCCUUGGACGAAUGCAGUGACUCGCAGGUCCGGGACGUUGUGAAAUUCCUCGAACAACUGAGUAUCACCUGCCUUCGUUCUGAGGCCAACGUUUGCAUUUGUCUAUCGAGUCGCCAUUAUCCACACAUUACCAUGGCAAAAUAUCAGGAGUUUGUGGUAGAAAACAGGAACGGGCAUGACACGGAUAUUGCCACAUACGUCCACGACAAUCUGACGAAGUCGAACCCAGAUAUUGAGAAGGAGGUUCUCAACAAGGCAUCCGGUAUCUUUAUGUGGGUUGUGCUCGUCGUCGCCAUGCUGAACAAAGCAUAUGACGAGGGCAAGAUCGAAGCGAUGGAGCAGAAGUUGCGCGAGGUGCCCAAGGACCUUGACGAGCUGUUUUUGACGAUCCUGAGCGAGGAAAAUCCGGAUAAGCAUGAGACGAUCUUAAUGCUGCAAUGGCGGCGCAUAACCUACUCGUCGAAAGGCCUCAUCGAGGUUCCCAAAGCCAAAGGUACGGUUCAGUUUAUCCACGAAUCUAGUCUGGACCCGGCGCUUGAGUCGAAUCCCAUUGGUCAAUCCCAUGAUCGUUUGAAAAAUUGCUGUGUGUCAUUCACCCAAAUCCACGCUUCAAUGCUGAAUGAUCGUUUGAGGAAUAAAAUCUCGAUGGAUCGAGAUCAUCUUGAUUCUCAGUACCCCUUUUUGGAGUACGCAUCUUUGUAUUGGCUCGAUCACGCUGAGGCAGCAGAGGCGAGAAAUGUCUCACAGACAGAAUUCUUGAGGGGGAUAAAAGAAGACCAUGGCGUGGAGCGACUUUCGUUGGCUCAUACAUGGUUCUGCUACGAUAAAGCCUUACCAUGGGAGAAAUGUGGAGAGUACGCCGACCUGUUAUUCGCUUCCGUAAUUCAUUCAUACAACAGUAUUGCGAAGAUUCUUCUCGAGCAUCGCGCCGACAUUAGCCCACAGGGCUGGGAUUACGGCCCUGCCUUACAGGCGUCUGCAAUAAAGGGCUCCACGGAGAUGUCGAGGCUUCUUAUCGAGUACGGCGCCGAUCCUAAUGGCUGGCACGGAGGGUAUACCCCGCUCCAGGAUGCUACACGCUACGGAUAUAAAGAGAGUGUUAGACUUCUUCUCGAACACGGCGCCGAUGUUAACGCGAUAAGUCCAGAUGGUACCGCGCUAUGCCUGGCCUUGCAUCGUGAUUCCUUCGAACGAUGUACUGUAUCUGAAAUCAAGGAUCUAAUCAAACUUCUGGUCGAACACGGCGCCGAUGUUAACGUGAGCUAUGGAGAAUACGCCAGUAACGCACUCCACGAUGCUGCACUCGACGGAGAUGAAGAGAUUGUUAGACUUCUUCUCGAGCACGGCGCCGAUGUCAAUGCAAGAGGAGGUCGGUACGAUACCGCGUUACAGGCUGCUGCGUGUGCGGCUAAUAUGCCUCUACACUAUUCCAGAGGCGGAGAUCCUAAAUGGACAGAUAUAACAAAGAUGCUUCUCGAUAACGGCGCCGAUGUCAACGCGCAAGGCGGGGAAUACGGUACCGCGUUACAGGCUGCUGCGUCUUAUCCAUACUACAACUACCCUAUCGGAGACGGAGGUACUGAAAUGAGAAUUAUCGCACAAAUGCUUCUGGAUCAUGGCGCCGAUGUUAACGCGCAAGGCGGUAAAUACGGUACCGCCUUGCAAGCGGCUAUAUCAACAGGCCAAAAGGAUAUAGAAAUCCUUCUUCGCGCGUAUGGCGCUACUGUGCAGCAGUCUCCGCAGGGGAGAACUGUUUGGGAGGAGGUCUGA